AUGACACUGUCAUUGUCAUCAACAACACUUCCAAGAAAGAUCAUCUACGCAAUUAUCAAAGAGCUUGACAGACCUGACAAACUGGCACUUGGCCUAACGGGUCCUUACUUUCUGGGUAUCCUUGCCGACUAUUACGACCUUGAUCGCUACCGCAGCAAUCCUGACGCAUGGAAAAGGCUCGGUCUUCCUGCCGGCGUCACUUCCUGGCACGAUUCAGCAGCACAUGCAACUGUUAUACGGUACCUUACCCGGGCUGGGUACAGUGAUAUUGAGGCUGUAUCAGUAUAUGAUGAUGAGCGAAAUCAUGAUGAUAGACUAGAAGAGGGCGAGGAAAUGGAUGUGGAUGAGGAUGGGGAUAUGAAAGAAGUCGAAGAGAUUGAUGCCGACUCCCAUUCUGCAGGCUCCGUUAUUCUCGGUGAAACAGACAUCCCUGGGCUCGGUUGUCGAGGCGGCUCCGAGCUCUUACUAUCUUACGAAGAUUCUGAUGAAGCUGUUGAUGACGAGCUGGUUGAACUGCUUAUCUCUGAAUGGCUGGAUAAGAAAUUUGGCAUACUAGAUGGCUGCGUUGUAUGUGCAGAUUGCUCGCGAUUUAUGCUCUGCUGCAGGCCCGACGGUAGCCCCAAUUCUUUUGCGACGAACAUGUUACACCGCCCGAGAUGGUUCAGGCAUUGUGGUGAUUGUGAAAAGGGUUAUAGAGUUGCACCAGGGACAAUGUUGGCCUAAUAAAUAGCGAGAAAUUUUGUCUAGAUAGUACACUAACCGAGCCAUUCAGCGAAGUUUUGAUCUUCCAAUUUAG